UUGAUAAAGGUGGUAAUCCUGAACUAAUCAAGGAAUCUCAACGUAAAAGAGGAGCUUCUGUUGAAUUAGUUGACCAGGUUAUUAGUUUGUAUGACGAAUGGCGAACAGUACGUUAUGAUUUGGAUCAAGUCAAAAAGCAACAGAACGCGCUUCAAAAACAAAUUGCACAGAAAAUAAAGGAUAAAGCAGAUGCUUCAGAAUUAAUAAAAGAAAAAGAAUCACUUAAUUCCGAGAAAGAACGACUCACUACCCUUGAAAAGGAAAAAGAAGAAAUUCUCAAAUCUAAAGCUUCUACGAUUGGAAAUAUUGUUCAUAAAUCUGUACCAGUUUCUUUAGAUGAGGAAAAUAAUGAAAUAAUUCGAAAGUGGGAUCCUCCGACAAAUGAAAAUGGACUUGAUAUAAAAUCGGUUAAGAAAAAUGGAAUUUUGUCACAUCAUGAAGUACUAUACAGAAUUGAUGGUUAUGAUUCUGAAAGGGGAACAAAUAUUGCUGGUCACCGCGGUUACUUUCUCACCAAUGAUGGAGUGGAUCUAAAUAUGGCACUAAUUCAAUAUGGUCUUUCAUUUCUGCGGAAACACGGGUAUAAAAAAUUACAAACACCAUUUUUUAUGAGAAGAGAGUAUAUGGCCAAGACAGCACAAUUGGAACAAUUUGACGAAGAGCUAUAUAAG